GCGGCGGAAGUUCAAACACUGGCGGCCUCGUUGCUGAGCAAGGACGGCAGCACGGAGCACUUUGUCGGCUUCAGCUACCUGCCCAAUCAGAUUCACCGGAAGACGGUGAAGAAGGGCUUCGAGUUCACGCUGAUGGUCGUCGGCGAGUCGGGCAUGGGCAAGUCGACGCUGGUCAACUCCAUGUUCCUCACCGACAUCUACUCGCCGGAGUACCCGGGCCCCAGCAAGCGGGCGAGCAAGACGACCGCCGUGGAGACCACCCGCGUCCACCUCAAGGAGAAGCUGGUCAACCUGCACCUGACGGUGGUGGACACGCCCGGCUUCGGCGACAAGGUCAACAACACCGACUGCUGGGCGCCCAUUGUCGACUUCAUCGAGUCGCGCUACGAGGAGUACCUCAACUCUGAGACGCGCGUCCACCGGACGCACAUUGCCGACAACCGCGUCCACGUCUGCCUCUACUUUAUCGCCCCCUCUGGUCACGGCCUGAAGCCGAUCGACGUGGAGUGCAUGCUGAAGCUGCACGACAAGGUCAACAUCAUUCCGGUCAUUGCCAAGGCGGACACGCUCACCCCGGAGGAGCUGACCAGCUUUAAGAAAAAUAUUAUGAGCGAGAUUGCCAAGCAGAACAUCAAGGUGUACGAUUUUCCGGACUGCGACGAGGAGGAGGACGGCAAGGUGUUGAAGUCAAUGAAGAGCCGGGUGCCCUUUGCCGUCGUCGGCAGCAACUACGUACUGGAGAUUGGCGGAGAGCGAAAGCGGGGAAGGAAGUACCCGUGGGGAGUGGUGGAGAUUGAGAAUAUGGAUCACUGCGACUUUCAGGCGCUGCGAAAUCUGCUCAUUCGCCACUACAUGCUCGACCUGCUGGAGACGACCAACAAUGUGCACUACGAGAACUACCGCUGUCGAAAGCUGACAGGCAUCUCGCCGGACGUCUCGAAGAAGGGCAAAGACAACAAGAACCCACUCGCACAGAUGGAAGAGGAGAAGAAAGACCACGACGUGAAGAUGAAGAAGAUGGAGAAGGAGAUGGAGCAGGUCUUUGAGCAGAAGGUCAAGGAGAAGCUGCAAAAGCUGAGGGAAUCAGAAGAGGAGUACACAAGAAGACACGAGGAGAUGACCAAGAAGCUGGAGCAGCAGCGACACGAGCUGGAGGAGAAGAGGGCCCACUUUGAGAAGGAGAAGGCAGCUUUCGAACUGGUCAGCAAGGACAUGGAGGAGAUUCGACGAGUCAACACACUGGACGUCAACAUGCGAGAUAUGAACCUGGACGGAAAGAUUAAGGAGAAGAAGAAGAAGGGUCUCUUCUGA